AUGUUCUCCAAAGUGGUCGCUCUUAGCGCUCUGCUGGCCGCCGCCAGCGCUGGUCUGCUGCCACUUCACCACUCCGCGGUGUCAUCGCAAAGCAUCGUGCGUCAUGACAGCCCGAUCCACUACGCCCAGGCCCAUUAUGCCGCUCCCGUGGCUCAUGCCACCUCCGUGUUACACGUCGCACCCCUCACCCACGCUGCCCCCAUCGUGCACGCCGCUCCUGUUGUCCACGCCGCCCCUAUCGCUCUGUCCCAUGGCGAAUACUCUCACCCGCGUUACGACUACUCUUACUCCGUCGCUGACCCACACACCGGCGACCACAAGUCCCAGCACGAGAGUCGCGACGGUGGCGCCGUCCACGGCUCGUACUCCCUCGUCGAGCCCGACGGUUCCAUUCGCAAAGUGGACUACACCGCUGAUGAUCACAACGGCUUCAAUGCGGUAGUUCACAAAACUGCUGGACACCACCCCGCCCCCGUGGUGCACGCUGCUCCCAUCGUCCACGCUGCUCCCAUCGCGCAUAUUGCUAUCGCCCCCCUCUCUCUUGGGCAUCAUGGUCUCCUUCAUCAC